AUGUGUCCGCCUCUAGAUAAGUUGCGAACCUUGAUUUGGACCGGAGAAGCGUUAUUCAACAAGAGAAAGCUCGGUUGGGGGGAUGCAUUCCAGACUCCAAAAACUAAGAGUAAUCCACUCCUGUGUCUCAUACGCAUAUCGUCGACCUUCGUGAAACUCGAAACUGGAGCUGCUAGUGGGCCGACACAGUUACAGGACCGAGGAACAGACAUCUCUACAUCAGCCAACUUGAAGUUAGGUGGCAACUGGAACCAUUUGGCUCCCGUACCCCUCCCUAUCGCCAAGCGGACCCUCCUCGACACCCUACGCGGUCUCCAUCAUGCUCACACUCCUGACGUCGUUCAUGCAGACAUCGGUAUCGACAACGUGUUCAUUGAUACCGGCUUGACUACUACGCCCGCUAUUGAUGAUACUACGACCCGGAAUUUACGCUUAACAGCCUGA